AUGGGAGCUUUGGCAGGUAGACAUUCUGGAACGGUUCUGCCAGUGGCAUCUGUCGUCGGAAAAUUGAUUGACGCUGCUGGCAAGGCAAGGUGUGCAGUCGCCAACGAAGUCCUUCACGACACGAGUCCAAACCAGCAUGAAUCCUUACUCCCACCGGCGCAAAUACGUAAUGCGGGCAAUGCAGUUGAUGAUUGCCCAUCUGACGCGAAGACGACUCGCGGGGACUUUGGAACCCAAUGUUGUGUGUUUGGUUCGGGAAAAGAAAAGCACACGCUCCCAUUAUUCUUUGAUGGAUUGAAGUGCUACUAUCGAAUGGAGGCCAUCACCAAUGACGAACUUACAUCUUUGCCAAGAAUUGUUCUCACUGGCGAUGCGGAAUACGAGCCGACUAGCCGGACUACAACUCGCCGAAUGAACACGGACAAAAUUGAUUGGAAACGGACCAUGGCUUUUCCCCCUGAUGAUGUCUUGAAACAUACUCUUGAAGCGACCACUCAACUAAUACCUGUUGUUGAGGCAGAGAGCCGUGAAAUAAUGAGAGACCACUUGAAGUCAAGACUAUCUUGCCUCCGCUACCACAGACGGCGAGAUCGAGACUAUUUGGAUACGUUCAAGGCAAAUGUAAAAUCGGUCCGCGGAUUUCAAUACUUCAACCUAUUUUGUGGUGAGAAAUCUGGCUACGACCACCCGGUUCUGAUGCAGCGCAAGAGUGAAUCUCCGGAAACGCUUGAUGCCCACUUUGAACAUUGUGGAACCCCACAUACUUUGAAGUCUGACAAUGCAAAAGAAUUCAAGUCCAAGCACUUCAAACGCAAACUUCGCAAAGCACAAGUCGAGGCCAAAUACACUGAACCCAAGCACCCUCAGCAGAACCUUGCCGAACUGAGAGGAGGCAGACUAAAACAUGUGGUUCAACAUAUUUUGCUAUUGACUGGCGCCCCUGCCGAAUAUUGGUGUUAUUGUUUGGAAUAUGUUGCUUUUGUGAAAGCACGAACGUCAAAGAGAGUUCUGAACAACAGAACGUCAUGGGAAGCUGAGUUUGGCGCAGUUCCCGACAUUAGCAAGUGUCGAUUCUCUUUUUGGCAACCUGUCUGGUUUUAUACUCCUCACGGAGCGUUCCCACGACAGAGAAUGAUGAAAGCGCGUUUCCUCGGCUUCAGUCCUGACUCUGGUGAUGCAUUUACAUAUGUUAUUGUCACUGAACCCGAUGAUGAGAAAGCUCAUCGCCAAAUUUUUACCCGCUCUGUCAUUCGACCACGAUACCCGCGAGAAGACGCCCCAAUCGUGUUCAAGCAAGGAAAAAGCCUUGAGAUUUACAAAAGGGAUGAGCGCACCAUAUUGACUGCCGUUAGUGACUCUGAUUUCCCGCCUGCUCUUUCCGACAGGGCGCACAAUCCACUUCCGACAAUUCAAGAGGAGCCUCAACCAUUGGACAGUGUAGAGGAGUAUGAACAAGGUAUUGAAGAAGUGCAUGGACCCCGGCUUCAAAACGACUUUGUAACGAUCCUACGUCCGACAAAGUUCUACUGCGUACUGAUCAAGAGGAGCUUCAGCCGCUCUCUGCCCAGGACCCACCAAGAGGUCCUUCCAUUUCGACUGCUGAAGUUGAGCUACCCACCGAACUGUACCCCCAAGAUCAAGAAAUGUUAG